CAUACGCCCCACUCCUUUUGCCCCCUUCAAAACCUCCCCUCUUUUUUUACCUCUCCUCUCUCAGACCGUAAUCUCAAUUCCAAUAUCUCCCAAUCCCAAUCGCAAUCGCCAUCGCCGACCGCUCGCUCUUCUUACGAUCUAGCAAUCCCCGCUUCGUUUCAGGUAAUUUCCGCUUCCUGCAUCGUCUCCCUCGCUUUUUUCCGUUCCUGCGAUCAAUCGGUUGAUUCAACCCGAGCUCAUUUCCCGGUAAUCUAGACUUAAUCUGCUCUGAAGAUAGAUGCGUGGAGAGUCGAACCUUCGUUUUAAGCUUGACUUCGUGGAGAAUUUUGCCUGAAAUUCCAUGAUCCGAGUUGUUGGUUCGCCGCCUGAUUUGGUGUUUUUUUUUUUGUUCGGGAGGUUUCUGGUUCUGCUUUGAUUAGUUCCAGUUCAUCGCUUUAUAUCCGGUCUUGUCAAGCUCAACCGUUUCUGUUAAUCUUAAUUGUUUCUUGUCGAUUUGGUCCGUCGAUGGGUUAGUUGUAGUUGGUGAGGUUGGAAGCCGCACUAGUAGAACGCGUGCUUUUUCAUCAGAAUCUGAGUGAAUUUAGCUCGAAUUUGAAGCUUUAAUGGGAUGAUGAUUGGUAGAGACAGUGGUGUCUCGGCAUUUGAUUUGCUUGGUUGUUGUUCCUUUCUUACUGUUUGCUUCUGGUUGUUGGAAAAAAGUUCGUCAGGUACCAUGUCUUUCAUGAGGAACUAUCAUUCAGAAGGUGGAACAAUACUCGAUGAUCGUGCAACCACGUUUAGUAGGGGAAGUUAUGAUUGGAGUGCGUAUCUGAACUCGGGUCGGAACGAUAAUCAUGAUUAUCGGAGGAGGUAUCAGGAUUUCUAUGAUUUCUCUGGGAAACUGAGGAGCCAUAUUGGUGACAGUGGCAAGUACAACAACCCUCCUCCUAGCGGUGCAACAUCUCUAAAGAGGAGAAAGAUCAGCUCUAGUAUGUGGCGGGAUGGUGACGGGCAUAAUUAUCUGCAGCUCAACACAUUUGAGGACUGUGGGAGAGACUACCAGCACUCAAACUCAUAUGGAGAUGUUGCAAGGUAUCAAACACAGUCUAAUAACACGCACGGAGAUCGUCAGAGACAGUAUGUGCAACCUAAGAUGUAUAGAGAUGGCGGAAGAUGCCUUCCAAGGGCUAAUAGUUUGUAUGAAGCUGCUGCACCUUUGACUCGUAUCAAUUCUCUCCCUGCACCUUUGAUGACCAAUACUGGGGCAUCUACUUCUACUAGCUGCAAACGUGACCGCUCCAAACUAGAAGAAGAGGAACCACUCUUUUUGUCAAGAGACGAGAUUGAACGAUGCUCUCCGUCGAGGAAAGAUGGUAUUGAUGCUCAACAUGAAGCACAUUUGCGUUACUCUUAUUGUGCCUUCCUUCAGAAUCUUGGCUCGCGACUUGAUCUGCCACAAACAACUACUGGCACCGCCAUGGUGUUGUGCCACCGCUUUUUUAUUCGCCGGUCACAUGCUUGCCACGACCGAUUUUUAAUUGCUACCGCUGCCCUUUUUCUUGCUGCAAAGACAGAGGAGACGCCACGCCCAUUGAAUGAUGUAUUGAGAUCAUCCUGUGAGAUUUUACAUAAGCAGAACAUCAGUCUAUUGUCAUACGUACUGCCCAUUGACUGGUUUGAGCAGUACCGGGAACAAAUCUUUGAUGCUGAACAAAUGAUAUUGACUACCCUCAAUUUUGAGCUAAAUGUGCAGCAUCCUUAUGCUCCACUCACAUCAGUCCUUGACAAGCUAGGCCUGGCACAGACUCUUUUGGUGAAUAUGGCCUUAAACUUGGUUAAUGAAGGGCUUAGGAGUUCAUUGUGGCUUCAGUUCAAGCCGCAUCAGAUUGCCGGUGGUGCAGCCUACCUUGCUGCCAAGUUUCUAAACAUGGAUCUCCCUUCUUACCAGAACGUAUGGCAGGAGUUCCAUACACCUCCCACCGUUCUUCAAGAUGUAGCACAACAACUGAUGGAGCUCUUUUAGACUCGCAGCAGAGUUGCUGCUAUUAUUUUCAUCUGAGGGCAAGACCAUAGAUUCUAUGGCUAUACGAGCUUGAUUGAGUUCACAUAUCCGCGUUUGGUUUCUCGAUGGAAGCAAACUCGGAAAGACCACGAUGCUGUUUGAGAGAUGGGCGAGCCAUUACCCUGGCUCUCCGUAUGCUUGGGUUUGAGAUAGGGUUAGCCCCUUCAGUUUACACGGUAAAAAAAUAUAUGAACCCCUUUAGUCUCGUCGCGUGAUGCUCUAGGGUAUAGCAUUAUAGAAUAGGGUCGGAUGUUUAGCAGCCAUAUUAUAAUGGGGCUUAUUGUGGGAAUGGAGUUCAGUACUACUUGUGCGACGGGCAAUUCUUGUAGAAAGGGCCUGGAAAGUGUUGCGGUUUGUUGAAGAGAAUGCAAUGGUAAUUGACCGGAAGGUUGAAUUGGUUUCCGGCAGUCUUGUGUGAAAAGGUUGCCUUCGUGGGUUUGAUUCCUCAUAACCACUCUAGCUUUCUCGAUCUCUGUUUACUUUUCACUCUUCGACAGUCUUGUGUUAAGUAGUUGGAAAGUUGGUCGUGUAUUCGAAUUUGAGAAUA